AUGGACAGUAGCACCUGGAGCCCCGGGACCGCCGCCACCGCCGCGCCCCUUGCGCCCUCCGAUCGCAUCCGCAAUGCCGCCGACAUCUCCGUCAUCGUCGUCUACUUCGUGGUUGUGAUGGUUGUAGGGCUGUGGGCUAUGUUCUCCACGAACCGCGGGACUGUCGGUGGCUUCUUCCUGGCAGGACGGAGCAUGGUGUGGUGGCCGAUUGGAGCCUCUCUCUUUGCCAGUAACAUUGGAAGCGGCCACUUUGUGGGGCUGGCGGGGACAGGAGCAGCUGCGGGCAUCGCCACUGGGGGCUUUGAGUGGAACGCCCUGGUUCUGGUGGUCGUCCUGGGCUGGGUGUUUGUCCCCAUUUACAUUAAGGCUGGGGUGGUGACAAUGCCAGAAUACCUGAGGAAGCGCUUUGGAGGCAAGCGGAUCCAGAUCUACCUCUCCAUUCUGUCCCUGUUGCUCUACAUUUUCACCAAGAUCUCAGCAGACAUCUUCUCUGGGGCCAUAUUCAUCAACAUGGCCGUGGGCCUGGAUCUGUACCUGGCCAUCUUUCUCUUACUGGCAAUCACUGGUCUUUACACCAUCACAGGGGGCCUGGCAGCUGUGAUUUACACAGACACCCUGCAGACGGUGAUCAUGUUGGUGGGAUCUUUCAUCCUGAUGGGAUUUGCUUUUCAGGAAGUGGGAGGGUAUGAAGCCUUUGUGACGAAGUACAUGAAGGCCAUUCCAACCAUGGUUUCCGAUGGAAACAUCACCGUCAAGGAAGAAUGCUACACCCCGAGGGCUGAUUCCUUCCACAUCUUCCGCGAUCCCCUCAAGGGGGACUUGCCAUGGCCUGGGCUCAUCUUUGGGCUGUCCAUCCUCGCCCUGUGGUACUGGUGCACAGAUCAGGUCAUCGUGCAGCGCUGCCUCUCAGCCAAAAACAUGUCUCACGUGAAGGCCGGCUGUACCCUGUGUGGGUACCUGAAGCUACUGCCUAUGUUCCUUAUGGUGAUGCCAGGCAUGAUCAGCCGCAUCCUGUACACAGAAAAAGUUGCCUGUGUUCUCCCCUCGGAGUGUAAGAAAUACUGCGGCACCGAGGUCGGCUGUACCAACAUCGCCUACCCAACGUUGGUGGUGGAGCUCAUGCCCAAUGGGCUGCGGGGCCUGAUGCUGUCAGUCAUGAUGGCCUCUCUCAUGAGCUCCCUGACCUCCAUCUUCAACAGCGCCAGCACCCUCUUCACCAUGGACAUCUACACCAAGGUCCGGAAGAGGGCAUCUGAGAAAGAGCUCAUGAUUGCGGGGAGGGUGUUCAUCCUGGCGCUGAUUGGUGUCAGCAUCGCCUGGGUACCCAUUGUGCAGACGGCGCAAAGUGGGCAGCUCUUCGAUUACAUCCAGUCCAUCACCAGUUACCUGGGACCGCCCAUUGCAGCGGUCUUUCUGCUUGCUAUUUUCUGCAAGAGAGUCAAUGAGCAGGGAGCCUUUUGGGCACUGAUCAUAGGAUUUCUGAUCGGGAUUUCCCGUAUGCUGACUGAAUUUUCCUAUGGAACUGGGACCUGCAUGAAGCCCAGCGACUGUCCCACAAUCAUCUGUGGUGUGCACUACCUGUACUUUGCCAUCAUCCUCUUUGUCAUUUCUAUCAUCAUCACCUUGGUCGUCUCCCUCCUCACCAAGCCCAUUCCCGAUGUACAUCUCUACCGCCUAUGUUGGAGCCUGCGCAACAGCAAAGAGGAGCGCAUUGACCUGGAUGCAGGAGAGGAGGACAUCCCAGAAGCCCCAGAGGAGACUUUUGAAAUAGAAGUUCCUGAGGGGAAAAAGGGAUGUUGCAGGCGGGCCUACGACCUGUUUUGUGGCCUGGACCAGCAGAAGGGCCCCAAGAUGACAAAGGAAGAGGAGGAAGCCAUGAAGCUGAAGAUGACAGACACCUCUGAGAGGCCUCUGUGGCGGACGGUGGCGAACAUCAACGGCAUGAUCCUGCUGGCCGUGGCUGUCUUCUGCCACGCGUAUUUUGCCUGAGACUUGCCUUCUGCUGCAGGCUGUGCUCGCAAAGGCUGGACUACUUGCUCUGUCUCCCUUUAGACCCACACUGUGGUGUUGAAGGGAAACCGGCCCAUUGUAAAUUUUGCCCAAUUGAUAAGCAUAUACAUGUGUAAUUACAGGAUAGCAGGAGGAAAUCAUUAAUUUUAUUAACUUAUAUAUUUGAGGCCAGUGAUAUAGUCAGCUGUACACAUCAGACCCUCAGAAGGACAGUCCACCUCAGUCAUGUCCAGGAAAAAAGCAGAUUAAGAAACAGAAGCCCUGCGAUGUCUGACGCAAGUUUGUUUCAGGUAGAUUCAGCAUGUCAGCAUUGUUUGUGAUCCUUGAAUGUUAUUUUAAGGGUUGAGGUCUCCCUGGUUCCUGCCACUUUCCCUGUAUGACCUCCCCUUCAUCUUUUUUUUAAAAGAAAAAAAUUUCCUCUCAUCAUAUUCCUGGGAAGCUUUUCCUGGCACAAGAAAAAUCAAUCUGAAAAACCGAUGAACGCACUGACGUUGAAGAUGGGAGCUGGCUGGGGUCUCUGUCCUGAGUGUUUGGUCUUUGAAGGACAGGCCUGGUGAAUGGCAGCACUUUACUCCAAAGGAGGGUCUCAGGCGCCAGCCUCAAGCCAGUGGGGCAAACAGAUAAUCUUGAGUUAAGGGGAUUUGCUGAUCUUAAAAACGUCCAUUGUGAAUUCCUCAUGUUUGAGACUUCACUCAUUUUUGGGAUUUGCUCUGCUUGGAAUGUCUUAGCUGCUCAGCAGUGUUUGGGGACCAAAUGAUUAUGGGCAUUUAUUAUAAACACUUGCUUUGUUUUUAUGCAAGUCGGCCCUUGGUUAACCUUUUCUUGUGGCUGCACAAAGUAUGGGCUCUGGCGACUGUCAUAAAUUGGAAUGCGCUUUCCAGAGGCCACUCCUCCUCAUGGUGUGGAUGUUGCCAGACAAGCUUCAAAGCUGACUCUCUGUCACAGGAUAGAGCAAACGUGCCUCUUGGGGACAGCUGUCAUCUCAAAGCAGCCACACUGUCCUGAACCGCUGACACAGUAAGCCCGAGAUUCUCCUCCCCGAGUUCACAUGACCACAGCUCUUCUUUAAUUCUUAGGUGUCUAGAUUGGUGACCAUCCACUGACCAAGCCUAGGGUAGGUGGUCUCUGUUUUGAAUGGUAGCUCCCAACACUUCUAGCUGACAGGAGAGUGUUUCUUGAAGACCCUGUUCCUAGUGAGAAAUUUUUAAAAAUCAAAAUUAAGUUGAAUUAAUUAUUCAGUUCUUUUAGUUCCGCCUGUGAAAUCUCAAUCAUGUUGUAAUAGAAUCCCACUGAAGUUAAGAAAAAGUCACAAUGCUAGUAUUGACUGAUUUCAGGCUAUCUUAGAAAAGAGCUGGGUUCUGAGGGACUGUGUAGCUGAGAGCAGUUCCUGGGUGUAAAAAAAUAGUUCAACAGGCAAAGGAAUGGUUUGUUCUUGUGGAAGGAAGGAAACUGUCUGUCACGCCUUCAGAUGGCCUGUAAGCUCAGUGGGGAAGGAGGGAAAGUGGAGACUGUCACAUGGCCAGCACCGCUCUGUGUGCUUGGUUUCGUGUGGAUAUUGUGGUAUGGUUGAGUUUUGAGAAGAUACAGGGAGAGGACUGAGAGCUGGUGGAGGGAGUGACACAGAGUAUCUGGAUCGUCCGGGGUUCUGUUUCUGGCAUUGCCAAUGACUUACUGUGUAUGUUGUAGUAAAUUAUUUUGUCUCAACUAUUUUUCUCUUUGAAAAAUGGGGACCUUGGUGCUUAUAGCAUCUAUCUACCUCCUCUGGGUGUGACCAGGUCACUUUGAAAAGGGGAUCAGAGAUACAUACAUGGAAGACACCGUACAGAUACUGUAUUAAGCUGCAUUGAAUCCCAUGAAUUAAAAUGUGUUACUUUGAUAAAAAUAAAAACAUUGAAAAAUUGUAA